AUGUGGACCAACACGAGCCAUGUACGCUCUUCGAUACCACGCCGACUGCCCUACAUAUGCCAGGAGUGUCGCUCGCAGCUGCUUUGUCGGCUGACGGCCUCUGCACGAUGGCGAUCAUACAACAUCGCGCACACCAGGACAGAAGUGUGCACAUCAAAAAACAAGAGAAGACAAUAUCAUGUUCAUACGAGCCGCAGGUCGCCAGGACAGCCAGGACAGAGUGCUCCUGCAUCGACUGUGUAUGAUCAUGAAUUACUCCUCGACGUCGCCAGACCAGGGCCUCCACAUGCACAAUCUCCAAAAUCCGUGGUUCGUGAUCAUCUACGUACAUGGGCUAUUCAAAACAAGAAGCAAAAGGCCGAAGACGCAGAGGUGCAAUAUGCCCAAGGGCAGAGACUGGAUACGCUCCCUAAUUCCCUGUUCAUUGAAGAAACGACGUCAGAUGAGGAUACGCUCGACCAAGGCCUCGACGAAUUCGACGAGUCAGUUGAAGCCGCGGAGACAACGUCGUUGAUUGAGCCUGGUGAUCUUGUCUACAUAUACUCAAAACACACUGGCGCACGCGGGCAGUGGGCUAUCUACUUGGAUGCCGUCCUACAAAACCAACAUCGUCUGUUUCUCGCCGAUGGCAGAUGGGUUGCUGAACCUGCUGUCGACACGAGGUGCGCCCCCGUGUGCAAGAGCUUUGCUUCGGAGGAAGAAUUGCGAUACAUCAAAAAACAUCUGCCAGUUAAGCACUUGGACAUGCGUACGGAUGGCAUCGAUGAAAUCCCUGUCGUCCGCUCCUUUGCUGGGGACAUCCCACACGACGACGGAGCUGCCUUGAUGCAACGGGUCGCGACGCUUGUCGAUUCGGUACUUGACUUCCGUCGAAGCAACAUUGAUAUCUUGGACUCUUUGUACGAACGGAUUGCCCACCCCGAAGCAUACAGAACUCUGACAUACGUGGAGAUCUAUGCAGAGUUAUUCAAUACCUCUUCAGACAACGUUCCUUUCGAGGCUGAGAUGGCCAUUUACCUACAAACUAAGAAAACGUCGACUUUGAUGCGUGCUUAUUCGGCGGGAUCAACCACCGCUAGGGUUUCAAUCAUCCCUCGAAAAGCAGCAGCUUCCUUUGAUCAAGUCUGCGCAUGGGCUCGCGAGUACCAGGAGGCAGCUGCAGAGGCAGCUUUAGGAAAGAACGUCUCGUCGCUCCUUGCACGGAACCCUCUGACCAAGUUCAUCGAGAAGGCUCGAGGCUUGAUAUUGCAAAGUCGAGAUCUGCGGUCUCCAACUACGAUUGGAAGUCUAGGACCAAGCUCGAUCAAGCCAGCCACUGGCCGAAAUGUUGAAGCGAAAGAAUCUGGGGUUGUCUUUUCGGAGGACGACAUCAAGGUUCUAGAAUUCCUUUGGGACUGUUACGCCCGUUGCCCCAGGCCUCUCCAUCGAAACAAGAACCAUUCCAUCGGUUCUUUGAUCCUUCGUGCCAUCGGUGCAUAUCCCAAACUGCGACUCGAACGCAAGAUUGGCAGUCUUCUUCUCCAGGAGUUGGGCGUCAUGGCUCCGUGGUUCGAGACGACAGAUCAGCAUACAGCUAUGCCACUCGCCAAGCGGAGAGGGGCUGAGGAAAUCGACACCGCCUUCGCUGAGUCUGAAAGUAUGUGCGAAGAACUAGGACUGAGCCAGAACGCGAGUCAUGCAUUACUGCAUGACUCCUUGGGUCAUUUGCGCGAAGACCUAGGAGCUAUGUCCGUCUUCAUUGUCGACAGUGCGAACACUGUGGUCAAGGACGAUGGUUAUUCCUUGGAGCCUCAUCCAGAUUUGCCGAACACGUACUGGAUCCACGUCCAUAUUGCACACCCCAGCGCAUUUUUUGAUCCCGAUCACAUCUUUGCCAAACGAGCUCGAGCGGUGACCCGGUCUUACUACACCCCGACGACGGUGCAACAGAUGCUACCCGGGCCGCUCACAGAGUCCAUGAGUCUCGAUGCUGGGAAGCCUACAACAACCAUCAGCACCCUCAUCACUGAGUCUGGUGAAGUCCUAGACAUCCAUGUUCGACCCACUAGAAUACACAACACGAUUACCAUGACUCAUGAUGAGGAACGCGCGCUCUUAGGGAAGCCGAAAUCAACCCGAAUCUCCUACAUGGUUGUUGGCCAACCUCCACGACUUAACAUGCUUGGCCCCAAAUAUCCUACGGAUGAUGAGCUUCAGCAUCUUGCGUCACACCAACCUACCCUCCAAAAGCUAGAGGAACUAGCCAUUGCUCGGAUCAAAGCGAGACGCCGGGAGGUUUCUGAGUAUAUUGACCUUGAAAUUCUGCGCCCCAGUCUGAGAACGACCAUUGACUACGUUGAAGACUAUGACCCAGGACGUCUUUUCAAAAGUUACCAUUAUGUUGGAGACCCGGCGAUUACGGUUGCGCACCCUCACGAUCUCGAAAUUUCUCGCACAACCGACAACGAGCAUAUCUGGCCCCUCACCGCCAUGCUCAUGCAACUCGCUUGUGAGUCCGCGGGCAAGUGGUUUGGCGAUCGGGAUAUACCAGCUUAUUUUGCUGGAUCCUCCCCUCAGCCAGGGGUGUCACUAUCCAUGCUGAAAAACACCGGUGUUUUCGACCUUGACCGCCGGUUGCCACGUUACAUCAACUCAGCCAGUCCAAUCCCACAUGUGUAUUUAGAUGUUGCUUCCUAUGUUCAAUGCACUAGCCCGCUCCGCCGAUACACCGAUCUCUGUGUAUGGUGGCAGGCUGAUGCAUAUCUACGGGCAGUGGCAAACGGCAUCAUUGAACCAGGAGAAAGCGCGAGCAAGAUUGAAUUGCCAUUCAAGCGGUCGGACAUCGAAGCCAGUUUUUCCGACAUGGCCAGAUUCCAGCGGGCCGAGGUGACAUUGGCGAGAGUUCCCAUGUACACUUGGGCUGUACGUGCGUUAUUCAGAGCCUUUCACUUUAAGGAGGUGAAAUUACCGGAGGUCUGGGAUGUCGUGGUUGUAAACCGGGAAACACCCUCAACAGGCGUGCGAGAAGACGACACUGGUAUCCGAGGUUGGCUCCAUCCCUUCCGUAUACCUAUGUGGUUACUGAAGUCACCAGAAGGGUGGGAGAAAUCGGUUAGACCCGGUUCAUUCAUGCCAGUGAAGCUGGAGCUGGUAGAUCUCUCUGCAGGUAUAGUCUACUGCAAACCUGUGGGAGCACCGAGCGGCACGCCGUAUCAUUCGGAACCCCUUCGAAUUGCCCCUGACGGACUAUCAUUGCCAGAAGAGAACAGCCCUUGA